CGACAGCGUUGCAUCACCGGUCGGGUUAAAUUUCAAAUUCAGUCUCUCAAUUCGAUCCUCUGAGAUCCCUAAUGGGAAGAAUUUCCUCAGCCGUAGAAAUCCCUGAACGCCGUCGCCCACUCAGCCACCGCGAGGAUGGCCGCUCUUCUCCCGAUUCCCGCUACCAUCGGCGCAACGUUAGUUACAGCCGGAGCCGGAGCCCCAGCCUUAACCGCCACCACCGCCGUAGCCCCAGCCCUCGCCCUAAUCGGGACCGCCGCCGUAGCCCUAGCCCUAACCGUGACCGGCGCCGUAUCCCCAGCCCUAACCGCGUCCUCCGCCGUAGCUUCAGCCGAAGUAGGAGCCGGAGUGGAAGCCCCAUAAGAAACGGACAAAACAGGAACUUCCGUUCUUCUCCGGAUUACUCGUACCCUGUUCACGGAGAAAACCAAAUUUCUGUCGACCAAAAGAAAUUCAAUUUUGAUAAUAGAAAACAACCCUACCUCGACCGAGAUAGUAGGAACGGACAAUUCCCUGAGCCUGAGUCUGAUGAAGAAUUAAAGGGUCUUCCUUAUGAAGAAUAUCGCAGGCUCAAGCGUCAGAAAUUGAGAAAAUUGAUGAGGAACAGUAUUUGGAAUUGCACCCCUAGCCCCCCUAGGGAUCCAAAUGAAAAUUCGGAUGCGGAGCUGGACGAGGAUCUUGUUGCCGAAGAGGAAAAACAGACCAAGGUGUUGAAAGCUGUGGCGAAAAAAUCGAAAAAGAGCGACUCUGAGUCCGAGAGUGAGGAGUCUGAAUCUGAGUCAGAUGAUUCUAGGUCGAAGAGGGGCAGGAAAUCUGGCUCUAGGAAGAAGAAGAGUAGGAGAGCGAAAUCAGUUUCGGAGAGUGAAAGUGUAUCUGAGCAAUCGAGUGAUGAAGAUUCGGAGGAAGAUAGGAAGAGGAAAAAGAAGGGUGGAAAAAAGAGUAGGAAAGGAAGGAGUAGCAAACGCAGUAGUAGGAGAAAGAGAAGCAGCAGGAAGAAGAGCUUAACCAGCGAAAGCGAGAGCGCAAGUGAUGAUUCCGAAACAAGUGCUGGUGCAAAGUCGAAGCAGCGGAAACACAGGUCAUCUUCAAGGUCGAAAAAGGGCAAGAAAAAGAGAGAAGUCGACAGCGAGAAUUCUGAUUCAAACGGGAGUGCUUCUGAUCAAGAAGCUGGUGGAAAGGAGUUGGUCCACAAGGCAGAUGAGGUCAAGGUUAACGAUGAAAUGGAUGAUGAGCUACUCAUCUUUAAAGAAAUGAUGGAACUACGAAAGAAAUCCAACAACUUGGAGGAGGAGCAAGUGGUCGGUCCAAUGCCGCUGCCGAGGGCAGAAGGACAUAUCAGCUAUGGUGGUGCACUCAGGCCCGGUGAGGGUGACGCUAUUGCGCAGUAUGUUCAGCAAGGGAAGCGUAUCCCACGUAGAGGAGAAGUGGGUCUUUCAGCAGAGGAGAUUUCGAAGUUCGAGACACUUGGUUAUGUUAUGAGUGGUAGUAGGCAUCAGAGGAUGAAUGCCAUUCGUAUCAGAAAAGAGAACCAGGUUUACAGUGCUGAGGACAAACGGGCUUUGGCUAUGUUUAACUACGAGGAGAAGGCGAAGCGCGAGCAGAAGGUUAUGGCUGAUUUGCAGAGGCUGGUGCAGCGGCAUAUUGGGCAGGAUACUGGUCCUUCUCAUGAUCCGUUCGGUGGAAGGGCUGUCGAGGGGGCUGAUGAUUGAUUCUGCGUACUACUGUUGCUGUAUGCGUAUCUCUACUUUAUCCCUUUUAGGAUAUUCCUUUUUUCUGCUUUAUGAUGAUGUAUAAGUAUGCCAUGUUGUUGUGAUGGAUGCAUUUCGUGACAAUUAUUAUGCAGAAAUUGUGCUAAAGCUUUCGGAUUUUGAUUUUUCUUUUGAAAUCUUUUCUUUAAGUAAUGAUAUAGUGGAGAACGCCCUCAUUGGAAUUA